GUUGUGCCAUUCUGCUGCGGUCAGGCAUGGGUGACGGACCACCAUUUUGUGGUGUCCAGGCAUGUGUACAAUAUGCCCGGCUAUAUCGAAACUCUGGAGGAUCUGCAGCAUUUCAUAUCCAAGAUGGCGGGAGAACCUCUAUGUCUGGACUAUCCGCUCUGGGAGAUACAGGUCUUGCAUAACUUCCGUGAACCCAGAGACACCGUGCUGCUGUUCCGUAUCCACGCUUGUGUCACUGAUGGAGUCUCCCUGGUGCACAUCCUGGAGAAUGCCCUGGUAGAUUCUCAGAAGAUUUCCCAUCAAAAGCGGGCAUUUAGCGCUGAGGUUGCCAACACCUCGCCAUUCAAGGUUCUCUUCUCAGGGCCGGUGACUUUCUUGUCCAAGUAUUUGUUUCCGCGUUCAGAUUUCAACUUGCUGCAUGGCAGACACAUCCGUCCCUCGGGGGAGAUGGUUGUGGCUUGGUCGGAACCGUUUAGGUACGCACUCGUGGUCCACCAGCUACCCACCAACACAGAAGGUGUCAUUCCCCGGCUCUGGCAGGUCAAGUACAACAUGGAGAAAUUCAAGUCAUCGGCCGAGGCGGCCAUUGUUAAUGGCGCAUGCUGGCUAACUUGUUGUCUACUUCCGGUGUCUCUUUUCCAGCGAUUGUGGUGCAAGAUGGAAAUAUUGUCAAAGUUACUGGCUCAUCGGCGUAUCCCGGGCGAGACUGCAGCGUCAUGCAGACAGGACAAUGUCCAUCUGCUGUCCAGCUUCACCCUGGAUGACCUCACAGCUGAACAGAUUCAACUUGAAAUGUCCCUGGUUGAGGAGGAGCUCCACGACUUAAAGGUACAGCUGGACUGCGGGCCCAGUCACUACAUCAGUCACAACGACACCCAGCUUAUGUCCAGGAUUGAAGCGCUCAAGGAAAGGUCCAGAGAGUUGAUGAUGCAUCUUAGAAGGCGCAAGGCUGACGAGUCUGAGAGUGCUGUUGUUUUUUCAGAAGAGGAUGACUUGGAGUCGGAGUUGGGAGCAGACAGAUCCCAAAGGCCUUUUCGUCGACGAACUAUGUCCAUGUCCAGCAAGAUGUCCACAGCCUCCGUGUCUUCCACUGCGAGACCCUUGUCUACAGCUUCAGCAGCCACUCUUCCCUCCCCAGUACAUACAGCGCUACCCUCCUGGCCUGAAGGAGAUACUAUGAUAGAAGAGUACGAUGAAAGUAUGAUGAGCAAGAUGGGAAAUAUUGGCGCAACACGGACAUACAAUACAACUAGCGUCAGGAUCAUUCCUCCACUCUACUUCAGUGCAGAGGAUAGAAGACACUACCAAAGCAUGGUCUCAUAG